AUGUCUAUCAGAGUCAUUCUACCCAAUGCUCCUAUCAGUUCAUUUAAAACUUUACUGAAGAAAGUAAAUUUAACAUUCACAUCUGUUGAUGAUAAUACAACUCCAAUUCCAGAUUCAAUCAAAACCAACUUUGGUGUUCCUAUAUUCAUACUAGAAGGUCAUAAUUAUGUAUUAAUCAAACAUUUGGCAGGUUUAUGGAACUAUCCAUCUUCAUAUCAAUUAAUCGCAAGAUUGAUUAAGAAAGUUAAACUUGUUCAUGACGAUUUCCAAAAGACAAAUGAAGAUAUCAAUAAACAAUUAUUUGAAUCUAAUGUUAUUGAUAAUUCUGAUUUAAAGUUUGAAUUAUUUUAUAUAUCAUUGGAGAAAAUAUAUUAUGUUAUUGAAAAUAAACAAGUAUUCUUUAAUGGAAAUGUUCCACCAAGGAAUAUUUUAAAGAAAAAAGUGAUACCAGUACUUUCUUCAAAGCAUGAAGCUACUCCAGACGUAGAAAUGGCAGACGAAAAUGAUAAUGAAGACGACGAUGAGGACGAAGAUGAAGAUGAUGUUGAAGAUGAAGAAGAGGAUGAAGUUGACGAUGACGAUGAAGAAGACGAUGAAAGUAUCAAAGUACCCAAAAAUCGUCAUAAACGUAAGAAAACAAACUUGAAUGAAACCAAAUCAUCUUCAGAUGAUAUAAUCACCGUCAAUCAAGUAUUCCCUCAAUAUGGACUUAUAGAUUCAACUAUUCAAUUAAAUCAUGCAUCAUUUUCCACGGUGAAUUCCUUAACUAAAUUGAAUUAUUAUAAAAAUUUACCAUCUUCAUCCCAUAAAUUCCUUCCUAAUACAAAAUUAACAUUUGCUGAACGAGAAUUGAUUCUUGGUAAUAAUAAUUAUUUUGAAAUGUUGAUUGAUGAAGAUAGAAAAUUACAAACUGAUGACAAAAAGAGAUUCCGUAAACCAAUUGGAAAAUCAAAGAAACAUAAUAUUCAUAUUGAUCCAAAUACAAUCGAUUUAGGUGAAUCAGUUAUUCCAGGUCAAGGUUAUGUACCAGAAUUUAGUGUCAAUCAUAUUUGUAAAGUUCCAAAUUAUUAUAUAACAUCUAAUCAUCAAAGUGUCUCAGCUGGUGGUGCAUCUCAAGCUUCAUUUUUCAAUAUGAAACGAUUAAAUGCAACUUCUAAUUCUUCAUUUUUAUUUAAUGAAAAUAUUAAAAUGUCAAAAAAUAUUCAACAAUUAGUAUUUAGUAAUGAUAGUGAUAAUUAUCAUCAUUCAAAAUAUUAUUAUACAAAAACUUAUCGUGGUCCUGGUUCUGGUAAUUAUAAGGAUGCUGCUUUAAUGAAUAAAAUUAAUCGAAUUCCUGUAACUACUGAUCCAAUACGGAAAGUUCAUAAGAAUAAAAUCCAACCAGUUUCAAGAGUUAAUCGAAGCUUAAAAGGGUUAUUAUAUGAUAAAUUUAAUAAAGAUUUAGUUGAGAAUGUAUUGGCAAAACAAAGAAAAUUCACUGAAGAUUAUUCAAAUUUAGAAAUGUUACAUAAUAAUUUACAGUUCAAUCUUUUAUUGAAUUCUUAUCGAGAAAUUGCUCAAGAAACUUGGGAUAAUUAUUAUAAAUUUAAAUUAAUCGAUUUUGAACAAUUGAAAGCAUUGCAACGAGAACAAGAAGAAAUCGAAGCCAGAAAACAAGCAAUUGCCGCCCAAAAUGAAUAUGUUGAACAAGAAAGACAACGUCAAGAAAAGAUUAGAACUUUAUUGGAACAAGAACGAAGUGAAUUUGAGAAUUUACAACGUGAACAAAUUCAAAAACAAAAACAAAUUGAAGAAAAAAAUAGACAACGUCAAUUAGAAGCUUCAUUCAGUGAUCCAUUUAUUGCUAAUUCUGAUGACGAAGAUGAAGAAGAAAAGGAGAAAUUAAAUUAUGAAAAGAUUCAACAGGAAUUUGAAGAAAAGCAAAUUGAAUUACGUGACAAAUUCGAACAACAAAAACAAGAACUAAUGACUCCAACCCCACCUCCAACUCCAAUAGAAACUCCUCAAUUGGAUAUUGUUAAUCGGUUUUCUUCUCCUGCCAUGUAUCCUGAAAUUGUCAGGAAUCUUCCGUUGGAAUUACGUGGUACCGAACAAGUUAAUAAAGAUGAUAUACCUCCAAUAAAGAAACCAAUUAGAUAUGUUGCAACAUAUCCUGAAGGUGGACGUAAUCCUGAAUAUUUGACAAAAAUAGAAAUUAUCAAAUUACCAAAUGCAAAUUGUGUUGGUUGGGACAAUUUAAGAAAAUAUAAGGACCAAAUGUAA